CACACUGGCCGCUAUUACCAUUAUAAGAAAACCAACAAGAAACGUCGAAAGUUUUCUCCGUGUUAAAACCAGCCAAAUUACUAACGAAAUCGACGAUUUGCGAAUCGCAAAUUAUGCGUGCGGCACUCAGUGCAAUCGAAACCACGUAAACCCAACGAACGCGAGUGUUUUAGACCACCUGCAACUGAAACAAAAACAACCACCAUUGUACAUAAUUUACCCACAUAUUUUUGCAACAACAACAACAAAGGACGCCGAGCUGAAAGAGAGAAGUUGACAUAACUGCAAAAGUAAAUUGUAUUAAACAGUGGUGGGCACAACAAUAAAUCACGGGUAGUAAUUUUGGCAACGAAAAAAAGAAGAAGAAAACUGCACAAACCAAUUGGAGUGGGAGUGGUCAACUGCAGAAAUUAUGUUGUUUUGUUGAGACAAUUGCCAAAAACGCCAUAAAAAUUCAACUAACAAAGAUUGAAAAUUUCCUCAAGCUAGAUUUCUAAAAACAUUUUUACCACGGAAAUUGACUAGAAAUUGCCAGCCAGCAAUCAUCACCAGACAACGGCCAUCAAGGAAACUUCACACACGACAGUAUAAAAGUGUUUUGCGCCUCUGCCCCCCAAAUAAUAGAGAAAGCAAACUGUGUAGGCCAGAUCUUAAAUGCUCUAACCAAAAGACCGCGCGAUCCCGACGAACGACAAAAAAAACGAGGGCGAAUCAAUCAAAGCAACCACGGUGUGGUCAUUUCUGUACCGGUGUGCCGCUGCAGCUCCUGGUGCCGGCAUGGGCGCCAACGUUUCGCAGCUGGAGCGGGAGAUUGGCUCCGACCUGUUUCCGCCCAAUGAGCACUACUUCGGGCUGGUGAACUUUGGGAACACCUGCUACAGCAACUCGGUGCUGCAGGCCCUCUACUUUUGCAAACCGUUUCGCGAGAAGGUCCUGGAGUACAAGGCCAAGAAUAAGCGGCCCAAGGAGACGCUGCUCUCCUGUCUGGCGGAUCUUUUCUACAGCAUUGCCACCCAAAAGAAGAAGGUGGGCUCCAUUGCGCCCAAGAAGUUCAUUACGCGGCUGCGCAAGGAGAAGGAGGAGUUCGACAACUACAUGCAGCAGGAUGCCCACGAGUUCCUCAACUUCCUGAUUAACCACAUCAAUGAAAUCAUAUUGGCAGAGAGGAAUGCGGGACCCAACAAUGGAAAUCCGAAAUCCAAUCCAGGCGGAGCCACAAGUGCCAUGGCCAGCAGCAUAGCUAGCAAGUCCAGCUCAACGUCAAAUUCGAAUUCCAACUCAAAUUCAACGACUAACUCAAAUGGCAAUAGUAGCAACUCCACGGGAUCACUAAAUGCCACCACUAGUGUUCUAGAUGCCAGUGGCAGUCUUACGGCCACCACAACGCCCAUAAUUCCGGGCAAUGGAUCAGGGACCAAUGGGGCCAAUUCGGAGCCCACAUGGGUGCACGAGAUCUUCCAGGGCAUUCUCACCUCGGAGACCAGGUGCCUUAACUGCGAGACGGUGAGCAGCAAGGAUGAGAACUUCUUCGAUCUGCAGGUGGAUGUGGACCAAAACACCUCGAUCACGCACUGUCUGCGGUGCUUUAGCAACACGGAAACCCUGUGUUCGGACAACAAGUUCAAGUGCGACAAUUGCUGCAGCUACCAGGAGGCGCAAAAGAGGAUGCGGGUGAAAAAGCUGCCCAUGAUCCUGGCCCUACAUCUCAAGCGCUUCAAGUACAUGGAGCAAUUCAACAGGCACAUCAAAGUCUCUCACAGGGUCGUGUUUCCACUGGAACUCAGGCUGUUCAACACCUCCGAUGAUGCCGUGAAUCCGGAUAGACUGUACGAUCUGACCGCCGUGGUUAUACACUGCGGUUCUGGACCGAAUCGGGGCCAUUAUAUAUCAAUUGUUAAGAGCCACGGGCUGUGGCUGCUCUUCGACGAUGAUAUGGUGGACAAAAUAGAGGCUUCCACCAUCGAGGACUUCUAUGGUCUGACCUCGGACAUACACAAGUCGUCGGAGACGGGCUAUAUACUGUUCUAUCAGUCGCGGGACUGCGCCUAAUCCUUUUAUGUUAUCUCUUCGUAGAAGCUAAGUUAAAAGUUUCCAGUCUCCUAUAAACGAAUGUUAGAGCUAAGCCCAAAAUUGUAUGACUUUUAUCUAUCUAUCCAAGCCUAUACUACCUAAUAAUCAAUAAAGAUGAUCAAUAAAGAAA